AUGUCAAAUACUUGCGUUGCAAUCGACCCCAAUGGUGACACUUUAGUCAUCCUGGCAACCAAGCAGGAUCCUCCUCCGUCCAAAGAAGUCACUGAACCUGCUGGCACCACCGAGUCGCCGACAUUCAUCGAGAAACAUUUUCUCUGCUCUCAGAAGCACCUGACACUUGCAUCGCGUCGUGCUUCUAAGUUGUUCUCGAGCGCCUUCAAAGAAGCUUCCAAACAAGACGAUGGUCUUUAUCAUUGGGACUUUGGGGAUGUUUUCGAUGUGCAUGCCUUUGAGGUGAUCUUAAAAAUCAUACACGGAAAACCCCGCGGCGUUCCCAAGAUUGCCCAAUUAGAUCUUCUAUCACAAAUGGCUUCUAUUGUUGAUGAUCUAGAGUGCUAUGAUGCACUUUCGUUCUGUACUGACAUAUGGCUUUGGGCAUACGGUGGGACUUAUAAACUGCCGGAAAGAAUGGAUAAGACACUGGCACAACUCAUUCUCGUUUCUUUUGUGUUUGCGAAUAAAGACAUCUUUCAAAGGUGUAUACAAAGAGCUGCUCGGUAUACCUGCGAGGGCAUGCCUACAUUUGAUCUACCAAUCCGCGCAGAUAUUCCAAGGCGCAUUGAAGAAUCGGAAGCUGGGAUGUAG